GGAGGAGCAGAGCGCUCGCCCGAGGCUCUGGCUGGGUUGGCUCGCAGGUGUGGCCGCAGCUCUGGCCAUGAGGACCCUGUGGAUGGUGCUGUGCGCUCUGGCGCGGCUGUGGCCCGGGGCCCUGGCUGGCUGCGCAGAGGCGGGCCGCUGCUGUCCUGGUCGGGACCCAGCCUGCUUCGCCCGUGGCUGGAGACUGGACAGAGUCUAUGGAACUUGCUUCUGCGAUCAAGCCUGCCGUCUCACCGGGGACUGCUGCUUCGACUAUGACAGGGCGUGCCCAGCUCGCCCUUGCUUUGUGGGAGAAUGGAGUCCCUGGAGUGGCUGCGCAGGUCAGUGCCAGCCCACCAUGCGUGUGCGCAGGCGUUCGGUCCAUCAGGAGCCACUGAAUGGAGGGGCGCCCUGCCCACCCCUGGAAGAGAGAGCCGGCUGCCUGGAGUACUCCUCGUCACAAGGCCAGGAUUGCGGGCACUCCUUUGUUCCUGCCUUCAUAACUAGCUCUGCCUUCAACAAGAAGAGGAUAGUACAAGCUGUAUCUCCACAGUGGCCUACACAUACUGAGGAUGCUGGAUACUGUAUGGAGUUCAAGACUGAAUCCUUGACUGCCCACUGUGCUCUGGACAGCCGUCCGCUGACUCGGUGGAUGCAGUACCUCCGUGAGGGAUACACAGUGUGUGUGGACUGCCAGCCUCCAGCUAUGAACUCCGUGAGCCUGCGCUGCUCUGGAGAUGGUCUGGACUCUGAUGGAAAUCAGACUCUUCGCUGGCAAGCCAUCGGGAAUCCUCGAUGCCAAGGAACCUGGAAAAAAGUGCGUCGGGCAGAGCAGUGCUCAUGUCCAGAUGUGCACCGAUUCAUUUUUAUAUAGAGCACCUGGGAGCUACUUCGGAGCACGCAUGUGAAUGGGCUGAGUAUCGACAAGAUAAGUUCCAAGCUUCAGAGGCCUCCAAAAGCUGCACUAAGGACCAGGACACUUGCCAUUGCUACACUUUGCCACCAAGAAAGAAAACUUGGGGAUGGUUCUCAAGAUAGACCACAGUCUCUUUGCUUUUAUUUUUAAUGAGUUAAGUACCCAUAGUAAAAGCUCCUGUGACUUAUAGAUUUUGACCUUACAUUUGGUCUGUACUAGAAUCACUACCAUGUGCUCCAGUUCUCUCUCUCUCUCUCUCUCUCUCCCUCCCUCCCUCCCGCUUUUAAAAUUUAAAGACAGGUUCUCAUUCUAUAGCCUGGGGCUCACUAUGCAGACAUCUGCCUGCCUCUGCCUCCUGAAUGUUGUGACUGAAGGUGUGUGCCACCAUGCACUGCUAUUCUGUGUCUAUUGUUUUGGGUGGGGGGGCAUGGCAAGACAGGGUUUCUUUGUGUAGCCUUUGCCAUCCUGAAACUUGUUCAGUAGAUCAGGCUGGCAUCAAACUCAGAGAUCUGCCUAUUUCUGCCUCCCA